ACUAGAGAAGAGUGAGGGGUUUGCCCGCCCUGUCCUCUUUCUCCCCGCCGUUGUCGACACCUUGCAGCAAGAUGCAGACCAUGAAGAGGGGCGACGAGAAAAUGACUGGCUCUCCAUGCGGUCGCCAUCCAUCCAUCGGCAAUGUACCAUGUACAGUACUUUGGUCAAACUUUUGUGUUGCCCGGUCCCGAGGUAACCGAGCAUCAUCCAUUGUCCACGUCGCUUAACUCCCGAUUCGGACCUCAGGCUGGGCUGGUCUGCCGGCCCUCUUUCGGGCCACCUGCAUGGCAGGUUGCACACGAGGGGGCAGCCAGAACCACUGACACGUCUCGACGAUAUUCGUGCAACUCCAACCGUGGCCGCUUGGACCCGUCACCGCCCGCAUGGCGCUGCAGUCACAAGCUGCGGACCGAUGCGGCCUGCAGCAGGAUCGGCGUCGAUCCGCUUGUUUUUACCACCAGACCUGUCCACGGCAGCUAUCUGUCCAAGUCCGGGACCCCCCGUCAGCCCCGGUCACACCGUCAUUCCCCCUCCGUUUCUCCCGGCUCUUACGCCUCCGCUUGGAAGGGAACAGGGAGGGAGGUUCCCUUUGCUUUUCUCCCCCCCUAUCCUCAUCGGAGGGGCCAUCACCUUGCAGGCAUGCAUCUUGAUGCUCGGGGUUGCAUGAGUACAUCCACAGCGUGCUGCUAGUACCGGUCGACAAGCUCCCCGUGUCUUUUGGAUCCGUCUCACUUAAUGCGCCAGCCAGCCAGGCGGGUCGAUUUGUAUAUCGCCGUGUGGGAAGGCAGGGUGCGGUGCGGCUGUACGGGUACGGAGGUAAUGCGUGCGUGUAAGGUAUCAGACCCUGCCGUUCAACUCGUUACGCUUGCAGUGGGGAUCUCGGACGGCAUCUG